GCCUGCAUCCCGGUCGUGUUGAACCUUGUGAUGACGGCGGAGCAACUCGGCUAAGAAGACCCUCACCACCACCCCCAUACUGCACAUUUCGUGGCCCAUGCCCCCAGCUAUCUUACACCCUUGCGACGAUUUGGAAAAUUCAUUCAAUCAAGUUGUUACAGUAGCGUCCGCUAUUGUAUCACAGCAGUUUCUACAGAGUCGGUAAUUCAGUCCCUGUCUGAUUAAUUAUCAGACUGUGAUAAUACGAUGUGCGUACUAGAUACAUACAUCUAACAAUGUGCGACUCACAUUGUGCUGACGUGCAAAAAUAUCGGACUCAAAAGGAAGAACUGUGUGAUCCAGGAAAGCAAAAACUUUACUAUAACUUACUUUUAUUUCACCAGUUCAAGCAUAUUCUUUAAAAAUUGUACUUAUCAUUUUCAACUCUUGAAUUAUUUCAAUUUUAUGCAAAUUUAUAAUAUAUAUAGAUGUAUGUAUAUAUAAUAUAUGUAUAUAUGUAUAUAUAAUAUAUAGAUGUAUGUGAAUUUGUGUGAGGGGUAGAAGGAUAUUUAUUAGAAUAAAUAGACGAUAAAAGAUAUUUAAAAAAUAAAAUGGAUACAAAGCAGAUAGAAUCAACAAAAGGCGGUGGGCCAAGUGAUGUAGAAGAAGAAGAGAAAAGAACGGUGUUAGAGGAAACGGCAUCGUUGUCAAGACUAGUUGAAAAAUUGAACAUUACAGGUACAGUAAACAAUGUACAAGAGAAAAAUGAUACAGAAUUAGAAGAAAAAAUACAAGAAGAGGAAAUAAUACAUAAGAAAAUACUCUUUUGGAAUGUGGCAGGAUUAAACAAAAAAAUGGAAGACAAAGAGAAGAAAAAUGCAUUUCUCAAUUAUAUAAAAGAAUUUGAUAUCGUAGGGUUGUCCGAGACAUGGAUACGUGAGUAUAAAUGGAUUGAAAUUGAAAAAAAAUUGCUAGAAGGGUAUCAAUGGAAACAUCAACAUGCAAUAAAGGAAGCCGCAAAAGGAAGAGCUAAAGGGGGCAUUCUAAUAGGUAUUAAGAAAGAAUGGGAAUUGAAAAGGGGGAAUUUAAUACCUACAGUAAAAUUCAUAGGUAAUGGAGUGAUAGAGAGUAAAUUACAAAUUGGAAAUGAUAAAUGGACGAUAUGGACAAUAUAUCGAGACAAAAAAGAGAAAGAUUCCAUGACAAAAGUAAUAGAAUAUUUGAGAGAAAGAAUAAAACCGAAAUAUGAAGACUUUUUUAUAAUGGGGGGAGAUAUGAAUGUUAGAAUAGGAGAAGAAGGCUCCAUGGGUAUCAAGAUGGCGGAAAGAUAUGAAAUUGUGCAAGAAAAAAGAAAAUCUAAAGAUAAAACGAGGGAUGCCGAAGGAAAAGCCCUACUGUCAUUGUGUAAGGAAAGAGGUUGGUACAUAUUAAAUGGCAAUGUUGUAGGAGACGAAGAAGGCGAGUACACCUACAGUCAACAUCGAAAAAUACCCUCAUCAUCAGAAACUGGCUCAUCAGUAAAUGAUUAUGUUAUUGUAAACAUUAAAGUACUCGGGAGGAUUAGAAGAUUCCAGGUUGGUAAUAGACCGGAAUCGGACCACAGGCCACUCGAAGUCGAAGUGAACAUAGAAGAGGAAUAUUCUGAGGAUUCAGAGGAAUAGGACAGGAGGGCAAAAGUGAUAGAAUAGAAAUUAUGAUUUCUAACUUAUGCGGACGAUGGUUGUAGUAGGAUGUGGUUAUAGUAGUAAAGGAAAUGGUGAGAAUAAAAAAAUGAUAAAUGCAUACUAGUGGUAUAUCUUCACGUGAAACGAUUGAUGUUGAAAAUGCAAAAAUCAAAGAUCAUGAAAUUUCAGAAGAAGAUAGAUGAAGGGGAGAGAGAUGAAGGUGAAAUGAAAAGGAGAGAAUGUAAUCUGUUAAAGAGUUCUCGUACUUGAGUGUGAUUUUGCAAAGGUGUGGGAGUUUGUCAAGACACAUAAGAAAGAGAACAAACCAGCUAAAUAUAGUGCGACCAAGUCUUCCUGACGCGGACAUCGCGAACAUUCGAGUUGUCGUCAGCAAAGGAAGAGAAGAGUUAUCCUUGUUUUGCUAGUUACGCAUUUAGAAUUCUCAAGUUACGAUGUAUACUGAAAAGUCUGUUUCCGGGCUGGAUCCACACCGACUGUGGACUGUUAAUCAAGUAUGGGGAAUAGAGGAGAAAAAUGUAGAAGUAGCUUUAAAAUAAGCAUGCUCCUGUUUGAUGCAUUAGUUUCGGCUGUGCUCAUCUACGAAGCUAGACUGCGAUGGUACAAAGAAAGGGUUGUGAUGGAAAGAGUUCUAAUAAGGUACUGAAAAUAAACUUUAGGAUUCCAAAAACCAAAAGAUGGUAAAGUAGAAAUGCAAAAGAAAGAUAGAAAUAUUUUAACAGGAACGGGUGUACUGCAAUAGAGGUGCAAUUGAGAAGAGAAGGAGAUUGGGGUGAUGAAAUUACAGAGAGUCUAAGAAGGAGAAAUAUGAAAGUACGACAAGUGCAAUAUAAUAAGUACCUAAAAACAAAAUAUAUAACCUAAGAUAUAGAUAUUUAAAGGCCGAUUCAGUUACCAGAAUAUUUAAGAGUUCAAUAGGUUUAAUAGCAGUAGAGGGGUAAAUAGAGGGUUUAAUAGCAUAAAGUAAGGUGUGGCUCAAUAGAAAGAUGGACUAAAUCCUGGGGAAAAGAUGAGAAUAGGGAAUACGUGAAUACAGAAAAAUUGAGAAGGAAGUGUAAGAAAUAUGAGUAGAAGGAUGAUUUUCUCCAAUAAAAUAUGGGGAGAGACGAGUAAUAGAAUGAAUCGAAAUAUUAAAUGGAACAUUAAAAGAUAAAAAAAGAGUAAUAAAGUAAUACCUGCAAGGUUUUUUGCCUGUCUAAGCAAGCGCUUUUAUCCUCAUCCUCAAUUGCUUACAAUUAGCAAACUGCGGGCUAAACAAAGUGAAGAAGUUUAGUUAUUACUAUAAUAUUCUUCUAUUCUUUUUAGUUAGCCAUGUAUAAUUUAUAGUUUACAUCUGUGUUAACGGAAGUUAAAAUAUGUAGAUAGAUAGCGAUAUAUCUAUUAUAAUUUAUAAGGCAAGAAAAAUAAGUGAUAGGAAGCUGUCAGUGUGGCUACAUGAAUGAUUAAGUAAUUAUUGUAAACCAAAGAAAAAUAAACUGUCUAAUUGUUGCAUCCAUUA